AUGAGGAGGGAUUCAAGUCCCUUGACCAACCCACCCUCUAUAUCUGUGGAUGUACGUUUUGUUACGGUGAUCCAAUCUCCUGACGUUUUCUUCCUAUCUAUCUAUCUAUCUAUCUAUCUAUCUAUCUAUCUAUCUAUCUAUCUAUCUAUCAACGCGUAUUUCCCUUCUUUUUUUUCUGAAAAUUCCUUGUGUGUUGCACACAGACCUUCUUCAUUUUCCAUCGCCUCAAUCUUUCUUAUUUUCUCUUCCCGCCUUCCCAACGAAUAUACGCGAUUGUGUUCGCCUCUUUUCCUCUUAAAGCUCAAAUCUAUCAAUCUAUGUUCAUAUCUAUCUCUGCUCAUAUAUAUCUCUGCACAUAUAUAUCUCUGCUCAUAUCAAUCUAUCUCUGCUCAUAUCUAUGUUCCUAUCUAUCUAUGCUCAUAUUUAUCUAUCUAUCUAUCCAUCUAUCUAUUUUCAUAUCUAUCUAUCAUCAAAUCUAACUACCUAUUCUCAUAUCUAUCUAUCUAUCUAUCUAUCUAUCUAUCUAUCUAUCUAUCUAUCCUCAAAUCUAACUAUCUAUUCUCAUAUCUAUCUAUCUAUCUAUUUAUUUAUCUAUCUAUCUAUCUAUCUAUCUAUCUAUCUAUCUAUCUAUCUAUUUUCAUAUCUAUCUAUCUAUCUAUCUAUCUUCAUAUCUUUUUUCAUAUCUAUCUAUCUAUCUAUCUUCUUAUAGUGAAUUAA